AUGUCUGGCAUUUGUAGAGCCCGUCUCGCCGAAGAGCGCAAGCAGUGGCGCAAAGAUCAUCCUUUUGGCUUCUAUGCGAAACCCACCAAAGCUGCCGAUGGCUCCAUGAAUCUACUCGAGUGGGAGGUUGGCAUCCCGGGAAAAACGGGUACUCCAUGGGAAGGAGGUGUUUACAAGCUCAUGAUGAUCUUCCCCGAAGACUAUCCUUCCAAGCCGCCUAAAUGCAAAUUUAACCCACCUCUCUUCCAUCCGAACGUUUAUCCCUCGGGUACCGUCUGCCUCUCUAUUCUGGACGAGGAGAAGUCAUGGAAACCGGCCAUUACCAUCAAGCAGGUUCUCCUUGGCAUCCAGGAGUUGUUGAACGAUCCUAACGUAAACGAUCCGGCGCAGAGUGAUGCUUACACGAUGUUCAAGAACGACAAAGUUGCAUACGAACGACGUGUGAAGCAGCAAGCACGAGAGAACAUUCCCAAGUAG